AAUUUUUCCUUCAUUUCGCAUUACACUCCUCCUUCUAUCAGGCAAACAUGGAGACAAAAUGGCUGCUUCUUUCGACAAUGGUGAUUUUAUCAUCAUUAGUACUUAUUGUGCAUGGAGAUGGAGAAAUGUCAUCGGUAAAGCCGAUUGUGAAGAUCGUGAAGGGCAAGAAGCUGUGCGACAAGGGAUGGGAAUGCAAAGGGUUAUCAGAGUAUUGCUGCAACCAAACCAUAUCCGAUUAUUUCCAGACCUACCAAUUCGAGAACCUUUUCUCAAAGCGCAACACGCCUGUGGCUCACGCAACAGGUUUCUGGGACUACCAUUCUUUCAUCACAGCGGCUGCUGCGUAUCAGCCUAAGGGAUUUGGUACAACAGGAGGGAAGCUCAAGGGCCAGAAGGAGGUCGCAGCUUUUCUCGGUCAUGUAGGGAGCAAAACUUCAUGCGGUUAUGGAGUGGCCACGGGCGGUCCAUUGGCUUGGGGUCUUUGCUACAACAAGGAAAUGAGCCCGAGCAAAACAUACUGUGAUGACAGCUUCAAAUUUACCUAUCCAUGCACUCCUGGAGUUUCUUACCAUGGCCGUGGUGCCUUGCCUCUUUACUGGAACUACAACUAUGGAGAAACUGGGGAGGCCUUGAAGGUGGAUCUGUUGAACCAUCCAGAGUACUUAGAAGACAAUGCAACACUGGCUUUUCAGACUGCAAUUUGGAGGUGGAUGACUCCAGUGAAGAAGCGUCAGCCUUCGGCUCACGAUGUCUUUGUUGGUAACUGGAAACCCACCAAGAAUGACACCGAUGCCAAGCGGGUUCCUGGCUUUGGCACUACCAUGAACGUUCUCUAUGGAGAUCAAGUAUGUGGCAAUGGCGAUGACCACGAAUCCAUGAACAACAUCGUCUCCCAUUACUUGUAUUACCUUGACCUGGUGGGCGUUGGCCGUGAAGAGGCAGGGCCCCAUGAAGUGCUCGGCUGUGGCCAACAAAAGGCUUUCAACCCAUCGUCUUCUUCCUCAUCAUCUUGAGCUCAAUCAAUAAUGAAUAAGCACGGUCGUCCAUUGUUGAGCAGAACUUCAAUAAGAGAGUGGCAAAGUGUUAUUUUUUGGGGCAUGAACAUUCAGAACUUUGAUAUAUAUUAAGUAAUUUUCAAUUGUGUGAAGCUCUACAUUAGCAUGGACAAGAAUUAUAUAACGUUGUAUAUUGAUUUGGCACUGCCUUCGUCGUGUAAAAUUUGAGAUGUUUUUCUACAAAAUUGUAAUUACAAUUGCUUGAUAGUAUUACGCGUAGAAAAAUGUCAUGUGAA